GUCUGAAGUGUGAAUCUGUUUUCCUGCUGUUUUUUAUUUCCAUUUUCAAAGAAUUGAGAGAAUUUAAUAAAUAUUUUAAUUAUUGUGUCGUUUGUCUAGUUCUUAGAAUGUCUGUUGAUGAAGAAGAUACAACAUGGUUGAUAGAGUUGGAAUCUGCCCUUUUAGAUGGUUGUUCGCCUCAGGAAAUAAAUGCUAUAACGAAGGGUAAACGAAUUCCUGAUAGUUUACGUGCGGAUGUAUGGCUUCUAUGCCUUAAUUGCCAAGAAAGUGGUAAUCAGCUUCUUAUGUUUGAUGAAAUUUUCGAUCUUACAAAUCAAAAUGAUCUCAGGGAUGAUGUGAAAAAGUUCAUGAUGAAGCUAGACAACGAUGACGAUGAAAAGUUAUCAGUGAUAUCAGACAUUGAGUCAAUUAUUACGUUCUAUUGUAAAUCAAAGUCAAUUAACUAUGCACCAAGCAAUGGCUGGAUAGAAAUUCUUUACCCACUCCUAAGUCUAAAGUUACCUAGAUCAGAUACUUACAACUUGUUUGAAAAAGUUUUAAACUUAUACAUUCCAAAUGGAUGUGUGCCCAAUGGUGUACCAUUCCACAUAUUGCGAUUGAUUAUUCAAUACCAUGAUCCUGAGCUGUGUUCCUUUUUGGAUACAAAAAGGAUAACACCUGAACAAUAUUGUAUGCCAUGGCUUAGAUCUCUGUUCUCGGGCCUGUGCAACAUUGAAGUAGUACUUUACAUGUGGGAUCUAUAUUUUCAAAGAUCCGAUCCUUUCUUCAUCUUCUUUCUUUGUCUUAUUAUGAUAAUAAAUGCUAGGGAGCAAUUACUACAAAUGAAGGAAGAGGAAAAAUCAGAAAUAAUAGAUUGCUUGAGGAAAAUGCCGGGAGCACUUGAGGCUAAUGAUGUCUCAGAUUUUUGUUCUCUAGCACAUUACUAUUCCCUAAAAACACCUGUAUCAUUCCGGGAAGAUGUCUUAGAAGUACUAUUUUCUGGCAGUGGACUUGAAAUCAACUCUAAAUUGUACUCACAAGCCUUAUGCUUACCAUUAGCAGUACACGAGCUAAUAGAAAGUGCUACUGAGGAUGCUACAGACUCUGAUUCAGUUAAAUUUUUUUUGGUUGACUGUAGACCAGCUGAACAGUACAAUGCUGGCCAUUUAUCAACUGCUUUUCACCUAGAUUGUAAUCUUAUGUUACAAGAACCUGCAGCUUUCAACACAGCAGUACAGGGCUUGUUGAAUGCUCAGCGCCAUGCUUUAGCAGCAGGAUCCUUGGCAGCUGGCGAGCACUUAUGUUUUGUUGGAUCUGGCAGAACUGAAGAAGAUAGUUAUGCUCAUAUGGUGGUGGCAUCAUUUUUAAAAAGGAACAUAAAACAUGUGUCUAUGCUGGAUGGUGGUUUUGUUGCUAUUCAUGACUAUUUUGGACCUCACAUGAGUGAUUGCUUAGAGGAACACAAUCCAUCAAUGUGUCUUGUGUGUGCUCCAAAUAACAAUAUCGCCACAAAAGAAGUGAGAGAAAUAAAACGAAGAGAAAAUAUACCUGCUAUUCAACUGUUUGGGAAAUUAUCGACAGCAAUGAAGGCAAAGAGCCAAGAAGUUAAGGGGAAACUGAUUGAAUAUAUUGUUAAUCCCAAUUCUGCUGCAAAUAAUAGUGAGUGGCAUGUAUCAGCUUCCGAUAGAAGAGAAAAUAGAUACAGGAAUGUGCCUCCGGUAUUUAGUAUAAAUGAUGAGGAUGAUGAUCCUAUACAAGACUCAAAGCAUGAGAUGAACUAUACCGAUAACUUUGAAGAAAUUGUAGAAAUACAAUCAUUCUUGAAAAGUUCAAAUGUUGUUGACAGUUUUCAAUGUCAGGAAGUAUUGUGCAAUGGUUACAUGUACGACUCAUUUCUAGUGGUCACAGAAAUGCACUUGAUUAUUUUGCGGGAGAUUCCAAACAAAAAGGGCCUUGGUAAAGUCGUGUCUCGAAGAUUGCUUUCUACUAUUGUGAAAAUAACAGCUAAGAAGAGGCAUCCAGAGUUAAUAACUUUUAAAUAUGGCGUACCUGACGGUGACACUCUAUUGAUUAAAGGUAUGGAUCGUUUUCUUAUCCCUAAUGCUGCUGUGGCUACAAAAGUGGUUUCCAAUCAAAUUGUCGCUCAAAUGGACAGCAAGACUUAGUAAAAAUCAAAAUAUAUAUAAUUUAAAUGAAAUGUGACUUACUUGCAUUAAACAAAAUAUUGAAUUGUGAUGUUAUAGUCUGUAAACUAUGUUUUAGUUAUAUUUUGUUGAUAGACAUUUCAUAUAAUUUUCAAGUGUAGAAGAGCGUAGGAAAGAUCUUAAAUGAAAUGUUUCGGACUGGGUGGUGGUAAUAGUACAUUGUAAUACAAGGGUGCAAAGAAGGGUAUUGCACACAAGCUGUCAUUAAAAAGCUCGAGCCAUUUUUAAUAGCAUAAAACAAAUCAAAUAAUUGAAUAUGUUUAAUUUCAACAUACUUUCAGAAAAUGAUUUUUGCAAAUGGACUUUUAAUUUUACAACAAAACUAGGCAACGGGGUUGUAUGUAUGUAAUUGUAUGCAUAUUCAAUUCUUGACUAUUGAUCUGGAAAUAAUUAAGACUGGUAAUAAAAUAUAAUAAACAUCCAUUUAAAAGAAUUGCCUGAAUCACAUGCUAAGCAAUGAGUCUGUACUCAUCAAAUUAUCCUAAUGAGUGUUGCUAAGCAAAAACUCAUCAAUUUAUCCUCAUAUAAAAAUCUAUCCAAUCUUGUUCUAUGUAUAUAGAGUUCCUUGCUACUAAACUUUUUAAAUUUUCUUAUAAUGUUAAAACUUAACUGCAAAAGUAAUUGUUGGGACUGUAAAAGUAAGACAUGAAUGAAAUAGAUUUAAUUUUCGAAUCAUAAUUACACCUUCUGAAAGUAUGCCAUAUUAAACAACUAUAUUGAAAAAGUAUAUUUCUCUUCAGCUAGUCUGUUGACUAGCUAAACUUCUUAUUAUGAAUCAUUACUGACAGUUAACUGCAUGGAGUUUUCAAUUUAUAAAUGAAUGGAGACACAUUUUAUUGUAUUAAAAAAAAAAGAUAAAUUGUAACUUGAUUAUAUAUUAUAACCAAUUCGUGAAAUCAUCAUAUCAGCCGGAAUGCGACCACUGCUGUACAAAGGCCUCCCCCAAACACAAGUUCAUGACAAUCAGUCCUGUGCUGCACUCAUUGAACUUAUUUCGGUGAUCCUGACUUGUCUUAUAGUCUUGUGAGGGUCUACCAACACUGCGUCCUCCUGUACGUGGUCACCAUUCGAGGACUUUGCUGCAAAUUCAGUUUCGCAAUCAUUUGAGAUCUGUCGGUGACUUUGGUUCCCCUACAGAACUCCUCAUUUCUGAUUCGAUCUCGCAGGGAACUCCGGGCAAAGUCCUCUCCAUUGCAUUCGCGAUAUCUAUACAACAGAGCUAAGAUUAUAUUAAAAAACCAGUUGUUGCCCUAAAAUAUACUCUAAUAUUAAUUAUUGGGAUAAGAAUCACACUAAAAAAGGCCCGCUGUUUAAUAGUUAUGGAUUUUAUAAUAUUAUGAUAAAGUCAUUUAGUAUACACGCUGCUACUUCAUUAUUCAAUAUCCAGUUUAGUAGUUUCCUUCCACCCUUGUGUUUCAAUACCCAUACUACCAGUAUGAUGAUAAGUAAACAACCUUUUACUAGAUGAAUAACAUACAUACAUACAUAAAAUCACGCCUUUCCACUUGCUACGAUUCUUACAUACUUGUUUCGCUUCGUCCACUUUCAUUAUUCCUUUCAUACAUGCUCUCCGGUUUAGGGUACUCUUGACCUGGCCUUUUUUCAAUACAUCCCUGAUUUGAUCUUGAAACAUCCGCCUAGGUCUACCCCUUCCAACACUUUCAUUCACACUGGCCUUAUACACUUUCUUCGUCAAUCGUUCUUCAUUCAUUCUCUCGACAUGUCCAAACCAUUUCAGCAGAUGAACAACAAACAAUUUAAAACAAUAUUUAAAGAACAGCUAGUGUUUAUAUUCAAAAUGCUUCAUUUAAAACAAGUAGGUGACACAAAUUAUGGAAUACAGUUUUAAGUCGAAUAAUAUGUAUGUUUAAAAUAUUGCUUAAAAUUUAUUUCAUAACCAUGAUUGAAUAAUUUUAAAAGGUAUUAUUAUUUUAUAUUGAUAUAUUAUGUCAAUUAAUUUUUAAAAACGGUAGAUAAUUUUAUUUUUAUUUAGUUUUUUUUAAUACACCGUAAAGCUUUUUAGUUGUUAUCACCAUAGUGAAUUUAUUUUUAAUAUUAUUUUUGGUAUGUUAUUUUAGGUUUAUUGUUGUUAUGCAAUUUAUUAUUUUUAAAUUUGUAAGCUUAGAUUAAGGAUUGGUCUCCUCUGCGCUCCGACUUGAUACCGAAGGCGUAGUCGCAAAAUGCGGCAACUACAACAAUAGUACUCUCAAGUUGGUGUACUCGAGCCAGUCUUGAAUAAUACGUGGCAUUGAUGUGCCAUAUGUUCUGUUAAACUUUGCUAAUAAUUGAAAAUAAAAUGCCGGGUUGUGUAGUAGUACUUGGUAAAAAUAAUACUACAAGAAAUAAGAAAGACUGGGGUCACAUAAGUAUCAUCAGUAAGUAUUUUGUAUUUUAUUAAUUUCAAUGUAAAAUAACACAAAGCGUAUGUUACAAAAUUUGAAAGAUGCUCUAAUAGUUGCUGUUAUAAAAAAGCUAUUGUUCUUGGAGCGCAAUGGAGACCAAUCCUUAUGAAUUAUGUAUGAAGUAUGAAUAUUGUGUUCUAUAGUUUAUGGGUAUAGUUGAAUUCCUGGUCAUCAUUAUCACAAAAGCUAGUGGCUCCAAAAUAAGGGCUUCAACACAUUCAAAUUGGCGAAGCACCAUACAAAUUAAGGAUUUGCCUACAAUUGAUAUACAUAUAUACAAAAUUACGUUUCUACAAAAUAUGAAAAAUUUUUGACACAUGACCGAGACAUUAUAAAAUUUUAGUAGAAUAGUAAUGUACCUGUAGAAUGAACUAAUACCAAUCAUAACCACAACAUUCUUUGUUCAUUAAAAUUAGAAAAUGUGUCACUUCUGACAAUAGUCAGUAGCCCCGCACUUGGUCUAAUAGUUAUUUAUGCAACUGUUGUGUAAUAAGGGGUAUUAAAUCACGAAUGUGAGUUUAUCUUGUGAUAAUAGCAUUAAACGAGUGUUUUAAUACCUAAUGAUCAACAGUUGCAUACAAGACUUUAUCUACACCCAUAAUAUGAAUCCUCUAUAAAUGAUCCUGAAACAGCUUACUGCUAACAUUAAAAAAGCCAGCCCUAGUAACCAUAAUAUCAUCCAAACGAGUGUUGUAAUGAAAACGGAUGAUAUAAUGUUGUGCUGAAUUUCAUUACAACACUCGUUUGGAUGAUGUAAUGGUUAUUAGGACAUUGGGUGUUUUAAUGUUGUCAAUACGAUAACUGUUUUAGAAUCUUUGCAGCCAAAUUUAUUGUACCUAUGAGAGUACCAACUGUCUUUAACUAUAAUUAGUAAAAAACACAUACUAAUUAUCAAUUCCAAUAUCAUCACGCUUUGCUUGAGUGUUGAUUACCCAUCUGUGAUAAAAUUAUUUCCAUCUAAUAUUAACCUAAGUGUAUAUAUUCUAUACACCGUUACAAUAAUAAUUAUUGACGGAACAUUAUUAUGUUACAACGAACUUUAAUUAAGGCAUUAAGUAUUAUCUGCGUAUGUUAUUAAUUAUGGUAGUGUAAAUGCGAGUUUUAUCUAUAGUAUACAAAUCUAUAAUAUAAAUAUUAUGUUAGAUUUAUAAGCACUGUCAAUUGCUUAUCUACACAUGUACUCAUUUUAUAUUGGGUAUCUUUUGCAUUAUUGGCUAAACAACACUUAACGUCGUGUAAAGAUGAAAUGUAUAGAAAGGGUUUUAUAAUAUAUAUGCAAAAGUAUUUAAAUAUUUCGUUACAUCAUUAUCAGCCAGUUUCUUGCCGUUACAUGUUAUCUUACUAGUGUUUUAGUAAUUUUCUAGUCACGUGAGGACGAACACACGAGACGCAAACCGGCGCCGCACCGCAGUGCUAACGAAACACAAAUGUUCUAUAGCCAUCAUCCACAACACGACAUUAGUUUAGUUCCUAGAGCUAUGGGCACUGGAACUUAAUUAAGUGUGUUUUUACCCCCGAACUAAUUGACACGAAAGUCUGUUUAAAUAGAUAAACACGUGGACGGUACUUUUAAAAUGUCUGCAUGGAACCACAGUAGAUAGGUCGAUUGAUACUUGGUACUUUACUUAUCCAUUUGCGUGCAUCUGCCCCGGGCCCAUCGCACCAUUCAGGUCUUAACAUCUGUGCUUAAUAGCGCAUCAAAAGAUUGACACAUCAAAUGAUGACCUUCAAACUGUAACAGUUGGGCGGUGUCGAUUACAUCAUAGGCGAUUACACAUACACACAGUUGCGUGUUUUACAGCACGGGGGGUGGAUGUUAAAUCAAAUACAUUUUAUUCUUGUACUAGAAGUAUUAAUUGGCGGAGUUACUGGAUUGAAAAACCACAAGGGUAGUUUUAAAAGAAUUUGGCUUAAGCUGUAGCUCAAUCAUGUGAAUAAAUAUUCUAAAACCAAGCCAACUUAAAUACUUUGCAAUCUGCAUAAUAUUUUAUUUUUAUUUAAACAAUACUUAAGUACUAGUUUUAUUUCUAUUGCCUCCGGAAUUCGUCCAAGAAUAGAGUAUGGAGUCCAUAUAAGCUUGAUAUUUUACAAUUUAGGCACAGGAACUGGUCUUCUCCAAAAUACUGAAAUGAAACAAUAUUAUGGUUCUAAUCUAUAUUUGAAUAUAAUCGCAAAGCCUCGCAUUCCUAAUUAUAUUUUUAGGUAGUUUAGUUAAGUUCCGCUUUCUUGUAACGAGAUGUAAGUGAUUUAAAGAUAACCCGUAUGAAACUUAUAGGUACAUAAAGUUAUUAAUAUGUACGUACUUGCGUUAUAAGUAAUAAUAAAAAGUUAUGUGUUAAGUAAUCAAGCAAGAUCGUUAAAUAAUAUUUUUGGCUAUAAGUCCCAUACACCACCCAUUCACUACCUAUGUUUAGUCAUUGUGUGUUGCAAAUUUAUUAAAAAUAUCACUGUUAUAAAUUAAUAAUAAAAAACUUACAAAAAAA